UACUGGGUGAGACUAUAAAAACCAGUUGUUAGUUAGAAUACGGCCUUCAUAUGUUACGAAGGGAACGCGUGCUUGUGUGUUUGUAGAGAGAACCAUCUGUUAGCUAAUCUUGAUUCAUUAAGUGUUAGAUUUAUCGAUUUUGAAGUGUGAUUAGUGCCUGCGUCCGCGUUAUCGUCAGUAUUUUUGCUGGUUGUCGACGACCAAGUUCUCGCUAUGGAAGUAGAAUAAAAUAUAAAUUUUAUGGUUGUUUGUGGUUAAAACUGUAGUUGUAUGAACUGUAUAAAAAGAGAAAUGAGUGAUGUGAAGCCGCUGUAAGUGGAUGGAGUUGCACCUGUCAUCUUGCGAGAAGAGCUGUCUGGGAUCUACCUCUGGGACGCACCUGGCAGUCUGCAAUUAACAUCAGCAAGAGCCGCUGAGGGCCCGCCGCCAUGAGGAGGGGGGCUCUGAUUGGAUCCUGGUGGGGCGUCGUGUGCUCACUCAUCGUGGCUGUCCAGGGUGGUUGCCAGUUUCCAAAACAAUGGUCAGGACACUGGUUCCAGUCUGGGGUGCCUCAUCUGCUCAGUAUCAACUCGACCUCCAUAGAAACCAAGGGGGAAUGUGUUGAGGGGCAGGGAGACAAGUUUAUCAUAGAGGACAAAUCGGACAGCUGUUAUCGAUGUGUUGUUAUUCAUGAGAAGCACCCAAAUGUCUUGCAGUAUAAAGAGACUUUCUGUGACUCGCGAGAGAGUCUGGACCAGAUGUGUGGAGAGAUAACAGGUGAUGCCAAUUUGUUCUCCAUGUUUCGAGCUGAACCAGCUGAUGGGCCUGUCCCCUGCCCUUUUAAGGGUGCACCCUUCACCUUUACAUACAACAGAGGAUCUGGGGAAUGUGGGAGCCCUGUGUCACGGGUGGACUCAUGUACAGAUGAGUCCCAACUUCUGCUACGGUAUCAGGCUUGCCCUGAUGUACAUGGCACAGAAAGCACAGUUGAGGAGCUUGUGUGCCUAGCCACAUGGAAGGAUGGCUCUACACGCUAUCUCGUAGGGAAACUGUACCACAAGAUGGCCACAUCAGAUGAGGACCGGUACCGAUGUUUUGUGUAUGACCAGCACCAUCAACACAACCAUCACCAGGUUUACCAAGUGGCACAGUCUGGUGAUGCAACAUGCAAUGGUCUGCCCUCAGCUCUGGAAGGCUCUCGAACAAUGAAACUUACAACAAUUGAGAAUCAGCACAGUCGAUGCCGAUAUCCUAUGUUUGUCACGGACCAUCACCACUGGCAUACACUGGACCACUCACAGUCCUACAUGAUCCUUCACAAGAACACGACUCUGCGCAUCACUAGGAAGGAGGGAGGACAGGAGAUGAGAGUGGUGUGUCACAAUGAGCAUCACAUGACUCACCACCAAGUCACCAUAGUUGCCCAUGCUACGAGUGGGUGCAAUAGUGGCUAUGUGUGCAUGGUAUUCUACAGACGUGAGGGUCAUGUCAUUGAACUACAGCAGAGCAGUCAGUUUGUCCAAGUGCCUGAAGAGGCGUGCAGUCCUGCCAACUUCAAUCCAUCUUCUCUACCUUUCAUAACACUAAUAACUACAUCACUCCAUAAAAGGAGAUGUCCAUAUUUGGGUCGCUACACCAUCAGCGGGCUGAGUGUUGACGGACGGCAGGUGUCAGCUGCCCGUCGGAAGAGGAAAUGCAGUGAUGAACAAGGAGUCCUGGAUACUGGAAGUAUAGAUAACAAGGCAGACUGUGGCAGCUACAACUUUGAGUCUCUUGUCGUGGGGUGCUCAGAAAACUCCGAUACCAUGGAGUUCUACUCUUCAUGUGACACAGAAAGUGUAUCUGCGUACUUCUGCCAUGGCAGCUGGGAAGACAACGGGACCAGCUACUUAAUUGCAUCUCCUGUCAGUCGCAAAUCAGUCGGAGCCCGGCGAUACUGCUUUAUCUACACUCGCAGUGGUGGGGAGUCCAGCAUGGGGGUGUUGCAGAAUACUGAUGGAAACAAGCAUGGCGGUGUCGGACCUGUAUCUGCCAUACUGAGGCUGUCCAGUGUCACUGAAUCCUGCCAUCGCAAUAUCAACCCAGGGGUCACAGGUGCCUGGGCAAUCAAUCUCACAAUUAAUGGUCAGUGUGCAGAGGCAUCAACGAGUGCUGUGUCAAUGACAGCAAUUGCAGUUCCCUCCCUCUUCUUCAUCAUGACGCUUGCAGCUGUAAUAUCGAAUAUGAGAUGAUGACGAAGACAAUAUGAGACAAACAACAAGAACACUCUGGGCCGCAGUCGAGACAUGCUCCGAAGCUCACCAAGCACCUGGUGGCUUAACAGUGAAGGAUAUUUCUAAUCAGCCCAUGGUAGUGAUAAUUCUUAUGAAGACAACAUGGUUGCUGUACGGAAAUUGUAGUUGGAGUUUGGGUAACACUGCUGCUAAGAAAGCUUUUAAGUUAAGAUGCCUCAGUAAUAAGACAUAACACUAACAAAAAUAUAGGAUGGCUCAAUAAAAAAAUGGCAGCAAAUAGUGAGGGGGUAUAAAAUGAGUGUGAUUGGACAGUUCUGAUUGGUGAGAAUUUUGAACAAAUAGUGUGGUGAUUAAUUCCAAUCAAAAUUGAAUGGCUCAAUAGAAAAGGAGCAGAGGAACUUGUGUGUUUUUGUCCAAGCUGUACAGUACAAUUUCUUUCUGUAAGUACGAUUCGAAACAACGAGUGAACCUGGCCCACGCUAUGGACAACAGUAUCAACAAAGACUGUAUAACAGCUUAUUGAUUACAAUGUUACUAAUUUGUGGAAGUGUUUUCUGAGCAUAUUAGGCAGUUCAAGGUCCAUUACUAGCAUUAGUUGUAUUUAACAAGGUGUCCUGGAUCGAACUGUUGGUAAUUUGCAGACACUACACACUCUCAGUUGGUGCCUAUGUGUAACAUGGAGGCAGAUUUUUUAGUUUUCAGCCUUGUUGUUGGUUUGAGUUGGGUUGGUGCAUCCUGUGGCCUUUGAAUGAACAUUGGGCAGGAAGUGUGAUGUGACCAUGGUCAUGAAGGAUACCGAAUUGACACAACAUGAGGCUGUGUGAAGCAAGUAGUUACAGUGGCAGCUUACAAACAAGCAAAGAAGCAAGUAUGCAGGCAUAUGGGAAUGGUUUGGUAUUCUUCAGGAACUACUGCUGAGAUAAGGUACAAGUCAUUCAUCUGAUAUCAUGUUCCUUUAUUCUGUUUUAAUGCCUUUUCCCUUUUGCUGUUAUAUGUUGGAGUUAUGUGUUCAAGUAAUGUUAAGUUCACAGGAUUAGAAAUUUCUCAUAUAUUAUGAUUUAUCAUUCAGAAAAAUUUUGUAGACAUUCAGGUUUCCAGUAAAACAUGGGAUAUUAAGCUGGCUUUGAAUAUCAUCUCGGUUUUCUGCAUAGUGGGUUUACACAUAGAUCAGCUGAGAGAGAACAGAUGGAGCACAUACUAGUUGAGAGUGCAUUUUUAGUAACAGAUGGCAUGAUAUAUUUUGUUUGCAUCAGUCACUACUCUGAGACAUGAAACUUGGCUGUGUAUUGUUAUGGAGUUUGGACUGUUAGUCCAAUAAAAGUCAUCAUGAUUGACUGUAGUGGAUUCUGUCAUAACAAUAACAAACUGUGAAUUCAACAACAGAAAAUUAAAGACUAAACUUUAAGGCACUAAAAAUACCAGUGGCAAAGAAUUGGCAACCAGAGAAUGUGAGAAUGAGAUUAGUUUGACACUUUGCAGACAGAUGUUUUCAUUUAGAAGUUGCAGGUUAAUGUAUCAUUCCAAACCUGUGUCUUCCACACAUUAACUGUGACUGGAUAUAGCCAAUUGUCCGUUUCAUACUAGAAUUUUGUCUUCAGAUCUGUAACAUUAGGCUACAUCCAGUUGUUCAUUUUCUUCAUCGUUAUGUAGCCACACAGCCGCACAUUAUACUUCUUACACUGUAUCAGUUUCUUUUCCUCCUGCAGAACAGGUACAAGGAUGAACUAUCGAGAAUUGAACUUGCCAUUGUUGGCUGAACUUUACUUUGAGCCAAAAAAGUUUGUUUAUACAUUGCACAUGUUUUGUCUAGGACACUGAAGUAAGGUAAACUCAUAGCCUUUUCAAUUGAGUUCCGUGGCAAGCCAGGUUGGAAGUCCCUGUGAGUCAUUUUGGCACCACAAGGGAGCUGUUCAACAUUACAAAAUAUAACAUGUGAAGAGAAGUUCUUUUGUUCACUUCUGUAUCCAGCAUUGAACUGAGUAACUGGUGGCCAUUCUGUCACAUUUGUCAACCUGACCAGUUUGUCAGUUGAGUAAUUCUGCAAAAUUUUUGGCUUUAUGGUAUUACCAUGCUUAACACCGAAAUUGAAGUCCUGCCAACGGAUUGCAUGUUUGCUACUAUGUCUAUCUCACAUUCAUAGUAUUGUCUCGUGUCAGUGAUUUGUUGGUAGCAGGAGGUCCCAUGGUAUUUCUUUUCAACAGAAAAGGGAGGUCUGACUUCUGCAGCUGCUGCUUUUAUGUUCUAUCUGUGCAAUUCCACCUUUUUAUCAAGUGCUUUACAGUAGUGAGUAUUGGUGUCAUGUGUAUCAGUCUUGUUACAUAAUUUGUGAAUCAUAUUUCAGAGCCUAUGUUUCUUUGGGAUGUAUUGUUUGAAGAUUAUCCUGCCUGUGAAAAGUGCUGUAACUUAAUCCACAGCCACAUGUUUUGAAGGAGAGUAAUAUUUGAGUAGAUGUCAAUCACAAGAUAAAAAAUAUAUCUUGAAGUUCGCAGUGUGGACAAAAUAUUCAUUGCCAUCAGGGUACCUGGCCAUUUUUGGCAUUUUUUUCUUUCAAAGCCUACUCUCAGAUUUGUACAUUGUAAGAGAGAUUUCCUUAUCAAGCAUGUCUGCACAGCUCACAGUACUGUUAUUUCAAGACAGAGGCUUCCUUUUAUUAUUUUUCUGAAGAAGGCCUACAACUGUAUCUGUCUGUCUAACUUAUUUUAUAUCUACAGAAAGGUGCUAACAAUUGACAGUUACAGCGCCUUAAGUUUUUCAUUGAUGUUGCUGCAAACUGUAUUACUAAUUUGAUGUGACUUUAUAUGAAUCAGAACACUUCAACUUUAGUAUUAACCCUUUAAUGGUUAAUGAAACCAUAUAUGGCUGCCAGCUCUAGGUUAGCUGCUGUUCACAAAUAGUCAUCAGCAGUUUGGCAUCCCUGCACAUGCACAUAUAUUUUUAUCUUUAAAAUUAAUAAUUUGUUUAUAGAACAUGAAUGUUUUAAAAUCAGUAACUUCUAUUCUGUGUGUGUGAAAUUACAUGAAAAACAUAAAUUGAUAUUUCAGCCCUUCUGCAACUGGUGGAACAUUUCCACCUGUAGGCCAUAGUAUGCUCUGCUUCAUGGUGGAAAUGUUCAAUCUGUAAUAGUGAAAGUGUUGAUUUCCCAUAUAAAGUGUACAGUUUGCCAAACAGAUUUCAAAUUGUACCAGCAUUCAAGCAGACUUUGUGCAUUAUGUAAGUCAGGUUCAGUAUAAAAUAUCAAUUUAUUGUUCAGGUACAAAGCAGUGCUGCAUGCUGAUCAUGUUCACUUAUCUGUGGGCAGGGUAGUGGUGAAUACAAUGAGUGUUGACACCAGGUCUGAAACAUUAUGCUACAGGAAUGUUUUUUUAUCUAAUUAAUGUUUUAUGAAUGACAGAUCAAAGCAAUGUGUGGAAGAAUAUACAAUACCAGUCAGGAAAGUACUGGAUUACAGGCUCUAAAAUUCCAAAAUUCAUACAGGCAUUUUCAGUAAGUUCUGAAGGGUUUUAGUUUGUGCCCUUUUAUUUAUAAUUAAUUCAGUAAAGAUUCAUGUUGUAAUUAUUUACAUGUAAAUCUCUAAAAAUUUGUUCACCAAUUCAGAUGCACAUUAUUCUGUAACAGAAGCAAGGCUAUGAACUGCAAGUAAUUUUAAGACAGGUCCACUGAACAUGUGAUGAAGUUGCCUUUAGAUCAGCAGUUCUUGGACUUUAUUCCAGCCAAAUGGUACCUGUUAGAAAUGCCCAUGAUCACAUUUCAACUACUUCAUUUCUGUCUUAUACCUCCAUAACAAUAACAACAAAUUAACCAUCACAGAAUUCAUAUGCGGUGUGCUACUAGUUGCAGUCUUUAAAUAUACACAUUAGAUCAUGUUGUGUGCUAACUCUGUUGGAUGAGAAUUGUGGUUACUUGCAGUGCACAUACAUCAUGCAGCUUUACAGAAUCUUGCUAUGCAUAAGUAUCCCAUAUGGCACAGAAUAUAUUGUACUAAGUUAGUAAUGAGGCUGAGUAAAGGCAUCUGUAACUUACCUUGGUCUGCUAUUGUGCACACCACUUUAGUGUCCAUUCUUUUUUCUUCCCCCCCCCCACAUUUCUGUAGCUCACUCAAAGUAUUCAAAACUAGGCAUACCAGCAUUAACCCAUUCACAGCUGGCUUAGGAGCUGAACCAUUUAAUUUCAUAUAUGGGGAGAAAAUACGAGUCUUGUAGUAGUUCUAUUUCCAGUAAUAUUAGAAUGAAAUUUCAUUGUUUACACCAGUUUAGAAAGAGUUUAGAAUAGUUUCAGUACAGAGAUUUAAGUAAGUUAAUAAAUUUGUCUUGUUUCUUGUACCACGAGAAAACAGCUAGAAAGAAUUUAAGUAUGGGCCUUAAAAUUAUUACACAUAACUAGUUAUAUGAAUUACUACAGAUGACAAAAUUUUCCGGUGUGCUGUAUAAAAUGUUGUCAUUGUUAAGAUAUGCUGAGUUUUGAUUAAACAGUGAAGUCUGUAACAUAUCAAUACAUGAAGCUAGUACACAGCAGAAAGAAGACCCUACCAUGUUUGUACUUCAUGUAAGUAGUGAAUGGGUUAAGAGAGAUCAUUAAUAUUCUCAAUGACAAGCUUUGUUUUGAUAUUAACACCAAGUGCCAGGGUGAUAAUGAUGGAGUGAGUGCAAAUACAGUAAUGUGGAUGUUGUAUAUUUUAUGGUUAUCUUGUAUUGGAAGAUCUGAUUUGAGUAAAGUACAUAAGUACAGGCUUAAGUAAGAAUGCUUUUGCAACUUUCAGAGCUUUCCAUUACCUUUAGUUUUGUUUUAGGUCAGUCUGGGAUUUGAUGGAUAGGCAAGUGUAAGAAAAUCCUAAAUUCAUUGAGAGGUUAUAAAGUGUUCAAAGUUAGAAUGGUUUGUUUUGAGUGUAGUUCAUCCUUCACUAUAGAAAAAUGUUGUGCAGAAUAAAGCUUUGUGAGGCUGAAGGGCCAAAGCUUGAUUAUAUCAAUGCCUGAAUUCAUUAUUGCACACUUUUUAUGUAUUAAGUUAUGAGCUUAUUAGUUGUCAAAAUAAGGACAAUGCAACCGAGUUCCUUGUAUGCAGUGGGAGUGUGACAGACUGAAAUGUAUCAAAUAACAAUGAAAGGUUAACAAUUUUAGCAUGAUGAAUUAAUACUUAAUUUUCUUAUGUAUGAGGUAUACAUAUUGUCACCUGAAUUCUUAACGGUUUUAUUUCCACAUUCUGUGGAAUGGAGAAGAUGAGGAAACACUUCUUUAAACAUGAAUACUUGAACAUAGGAGACAGAACAGUACGGAAUUAUUUCUUGUAAUUUCUCUUGUUAUUUUACUCAGUUUAAUUAUGGAUAUAGAGUGCUUAUGUCCUAAGGAACUAAAUAUGUUUAUAACCUGAAAAAUAAUGAAAAUUAGAGGUCAAACCAUUAAGAACUAAGGUGAUGAUAUGUCCCUCAGUAUCUGAAUCUCAUAGAUCCAUCUUGUAUUCACCUUCUGGCUGAAUUUUUAGAGAAGAAGAAAAUAUUUUUUGUUUGGUUUAUGAAUGGAAUAUAAGAUGUUUGUUACUGCAAGUAUCUGGAAGAGGAGUAGGGGCAAGACAUCGCAUUCUUAAUCAGAGAGUUUUGGUUUUGAUCACCAGUUAGAUUUUCUUGCAUGCUUCCUGUGCCCACGAAACCCAUUGAUGCUUUGGGAAUAUGGAGAAUGUUAGGCAGACACUGAGUCACUCUCAUAUCCAUUAUCUUCAUCAUCAUACAAAUAAAUAAGUAAACAAACAUUGUGAGUUGUUCCUCUGAUGCAGAGUACAUAACAUUUGGGGAAAAAGGAUGGAAAGAUGUGUAAAUAUUAUUGAUCUUGGUUAGAAUAACCACCAUAGGAAGAAAAUAUAAUAUUCAGAAUCUUAUUUCUGAAUUGAUCUCCCAUUAUUUCUUGUGACAGGAAAUUGGCAGAUAGUAUUGUGUAGCAACUACAUCCUAUUAUUUUUAGUGAAGUGCUUGUGCAGAAUAGUGUCUUAUGAGGCAGCAAGUUCAGUGGCAUUGUUGGCCACAGCCCAGAGCAAUAAAUCUUUCAGGCUGUCUUUUCUUUUUCGUUUUUAAGAGUUCUCAGAUUAUCCACCAUAAAGUGGUUUAUGCAAAGUAAAAUAAUAUAGCUUCUGGGGGUAUGCAGUAGUGUAGUUGGUUGAGACACUAUGCUACAAGCCGGAAGGUCACGGGUUCAAGCCCUGAUGAGGUC